AUGGCGUUUGGUUUACGGAACUCUAGAGCUACGUACCAAAGGAUGGUGAACAAAUUGUUUAAGGGUUUGCUCGGAUCAACUAUGGAAGCAUAUGUGGAUGACAUGCUCAUCAAGAGUCGACUGAAAGAAACUCAUCAUACUGACCUUGCCCAGGCAUUCAAGAUUUUGAAAAAAUCAAAUGGCUUUGAGUGGACAUCGGCGUGUCAAUCGGCUUUUGAAGAUUUGAAGGUAUACUUGAGCUCUGCACCAGUCCUCUCGAAGCCAGAAAAAGAUGAGGUCUUAUUCGUUUAUUUGGCCGUGUCCGACCGAGCGGUCAGUUCUGUGCUUGUCCGUGAAGAAACAAAGGGAAUUCAGAAGCCGAUCUACUACGUGAGCAAAGCUCUUCAGGGAGCUGAGCUGAGGUACACAAAAUUUGAGAAGACCGCGUUGGCGCUCUGGGUGACGGCCAGAAGACUUGCAGCUUACUUCCAAGCUCACCCGAUAGUAGUGCUAACCGAUCAACCGUUGGGGACGAUCCUCAGGAAUCCAACGUCAUCAGGACAAUUGAUCAAAUGGGCCAUGAUGCUCACCCAGUUCGCGAUUGAGUAUAAGCCCCGUCCUGCCAUCAAGGGUCAAGCAUUGGCUGAUUUCAUCGUCGAAUGCACUGCACGCGAUCCGGAACCUGACCGACCGACUGCCCUAGAAGAACCAUGGUGGGAAGUUUCUACUGAUGGGUCGUCAAGUAAGAAGGGAUGUGGGGGUGGAAUUGUGCUCACAUCCCCCGAGGGCUUCAAGAUUUAUCAAGCCUUGAUCUUCAAAUUUCAACCUACCAACAACGAAGCAGAAUACGAAGCACUCAUAGGCGGGUUGCGAUUGGCCAAGCAGAUGAAGGCCGAACGGUUAAGGGCACGAUCAGACUCCCGGUUGAUAAUCGGACAGCUAUCCAGCACGAUCGAUGCAAAGGAGGAUCGAAUGAUACAGUACAAGGAUAUUGAAGCUCCUGAAUACGUGUCCAAGAUUGCACGUAUUGAAGAAAUUGAAGUGCCAAGCAUUGAUGUCAUAGAAGUCCAACCGGUCGAGAUAGGCGAACCAGAUUGGAUGUACGACUUGAAGAAUUACAUCACCAACGGCACUCUACCUGACGACUCCUCCCGGGCAAAGAAAGUUAAGUUGAGGGCACCGCGCUUUCAAUUGGUUGAUGAUAGGCUCUACAAAAGAUCAUAUGGCGGACCGCUGCUCCGAUGCUUAACCAGCGACGAGGCAAAAGUAGUGAUGGAAGAAGUUCAUGAAGGGAUCUGUUCUGCCCAUCAAGGACUAAGAACACUCGCGCAAAAGAUCAUUCUGAUGGGUUACUAUUGGCCUUCGAUCAACCUGGAUUGCGAGUAG